AUGGCACCUAGACCUCCUCCUCCUCCUAUUCCUAACCCGGAUAGCUCUCACUUGGUGGGGACUAUUGAGGCGAUGUUGGCAGCCAUGCAACAGCAAAAUGCUAACAUGGUGAACCAGCACAACUUGGCCUUGCAGCAGAUGGAGUCUACUAGGCUCGCAGCAGAGACCACCCAACAGAGGCACUUGGAGGCCUUACAUCAGCUAGGGGAGAAUCGAUCUAUGACCACUCCAGAUGAGGCAGAUCAGUGGAUGCGAGAUAUGGAGAGGAUAUUUGAAGCCAAAAGAUGCCCACCAGAGAGUAGACUGGCAUAUUCUGAGUACUUGCUAGCCAGAGAGGCUGUUCAUUGGUGGUCUAGCAUGAAAAUGAUGUUAGAAGACAGUAGGGAGACCAUCACUUGGGAGCUAUUCAAGAAGAAAUUCUAUGCUGAGUACUUCCCAGACAGUGUGAGGUAUGCCAAGGAAGUGGAGUUCUUACAGUUGAUGCAAGGAGAGAUGUCCGUAUCUGAGUAUGUGGAGAAGUUCAAGCACUUGGGCAGAUUUCACACCUUGAGGAUGGCAGAAGACUGGCAGUGUAGGAAGUUUGAGAAUGGGUUGAGAGGUGAUCUCAAACUCAUGGUGGCUCCACUCUCUAUAAAGGAGUUCCCUGCUCUAGUGGAAAAAGCAAGAGUAAUGGAGAAGCUGAAAGCGGAAGUUGAGGCCCAGCAGCAGUCUCAACAGAAGGUGGGAGGACCAUCUGGGUACACGAGCCGACAGGAUGAUAGGAGGAAGCCCUACUCCAGACCUCCGCCUCAGGGGUCCAGGAGGUUCUCACCACAGUCACACCAGUCUCCUUAG